AUGGCCUCGAAUGGCAUUGGCGGCGCUUCUAGCGCCUCGAAGAAGCAUGAAGAAAUUUCAUCCAAAACCGGUCUCGGAUGCACCACGACAACUCGACCCUACUCCAUCCCCAUCACCUCUCGCCCACCCGGCUCAACAUACAUCCAAACCAUCCUUUUAGCCAUCAUCUUUAACUUUUGCAUCAUCUCCAUCCAUCUCUUCCAACUUCUCUCCUGGCCCUUAUCUCUCCACCCCACCACCCGUCCGAUCUUCCACUCCAGCAUCGGAUACACCAAACUCGCUUUCGCACGAGCGCUCCUCCUCAUUUCUCAAUUCUUCGGCCCCACUCAACUGGUGAUCUCUAUCGGUGAUGGAAGAGGAGGAUAUCUCGAUCCAGAACCGUUUGUUCAUCGGGAUAAGCAAACCGGUCGAAUCACUUGCUUCGAUCUUCCCAGUCGUGCGAUAUGGAUGUCGAAUCAUCAGGUCUAUACCGAUUGGCUAUAUCUUUGGUGUUUUGCCUACUAUGCAGGCCUUGCGGAUAGUAUUUUGAUUAUAUUGAAGCAUAGUUUAAAGUGGAUUCCUUUCGUAGGCUGGGGUAUGCAGUUUUAUCGAUUUAUCUUCCUCAAGAGGAAUUGGGCCUCCGAUCAGGCUCAACUUGCCAAACAGCUGAGUCAAGUCGCUUCUACAAACCACACCACUCGCGAAUCAAAAGCAAACACUGCAAAAAAGUUGCUCCUGUUGAUCUUUCCAGAGGGAACACUGGUUUCGAACAACACAAGACCGAUUUCGGCAAAGUUCGCCGAGAAGAUGGGAAUCAAAGACUUGGACAACGUAUUGCUGCCGAGGUCAACAGGAUUGUUCUUCUGUCUAACAACGUUGGCCAAGGAAAUGGAUGAUCUGUGGUUGGUCGAUUUGACGAUUGGUUAUCCAGGUGUUCCUCCUGCUGGGUUUGGUCAGGAUUAUUAUACGCUAAGGUCGAUUUUUAUGCAGGGGGUGCCACCACCAGCGAUUCAUAUCCAUCUUACCUUGACAAGGAUAACCAACGCGGUGGAGAACGAUACUUGUUCCAAUCCCAUCAGCCUCGCCCAAGUCUCAACUGCCAAUACGGAUGUUCCACCACUGGGGAAGAAUGAGAGGCCAGCAGAGAGCGGUGGAGAGGAAAGAAACCAGUUUGAAGAAUGGUUGAGACGGAGGUGGACGAAGAAAGAUCUUGAGAUGCAUAAUUUUUACAAAGAUGGCGAUUUUGUGGGUGGCCAGUUUGCGAACAAGGUGAAGGAAGCAAGGGAAGAGAAGGCCUGUGCAAGUGGGCAGAGGUAUGUCAUCUUACCGGCGGAAUUGAGGAGUUUGAGUGAGGUAGGGGAUGCGGCUUGUUGGGGGAUUCCUUUCCUUGUUGGUUGGAACUUGAGCAAACUCUACAAGGCAGUGGUUGGAUAG